AUGAGGUCGUCCGUGAAGCGCGCGCUGAGGCAGUUCGCAAGGACGACUACGCUGCAUGGCUUCAAAUAUCUGUGUUCACUUUUUUGUUUAGACCGCGUGGGGUGGGUGGCGUGUUGUUGCGCAAGCGCAUGCUGUGCCGGCAUGCUGUGUGGCGUGCUGUGGGCGCGGUUCCUGCAGGUGCCGGCGCUGCUGGUGCUGGCCAACACCCGCCACGACGCACACCAGCUGCCGCACGUCUCUGUCUGCCCCUCACCUGGCCGCGCCGCGCAGCUCUUUGCUAAACACAUGUCCGUGAGUGCCCAGGAAGCGCUAAGGCUGCCAUCGCUGUUCCACAACCUCAUGCACGGGAAGCCCGUGCCCUCUGACCACCUAGGCGUCCUCAAGCGUCUCCUCAAGGCUCACGACAUGACAUUCCCCGAAGCCUUGUUCAACAUCACGCCGCCCUGUGUCGACAUGAUCAGGAAGUGUCGGUGGAGAGACACCAUGGUGCCAUGUGGACAACUGUUUCAGAAGGAACUAACCUCGUGGGGGGUCUGUUGUAUGGCGAAGGGUGAGAAAUUUUCUAAAAGCGAUGAAGUAGUAUACGAUCCCAAAUUAGAUUUAGUACUGGAAUGUGCGGACUCGGAGUUUACCAUUCCUAACAGUUGCGAGUUCUACACAAAGUACCACGGCGAGGAGUGGAUGUCCCCGGUAACCCUCACCACUGGCUACCGCUUCCUGGUGCAACUGCGAUAUACGGCCAUCCAAGACGCCAAUGCCGACAAGCUGGUUGAAAGCAAGUGCGAGUCGCGAGUAGGAUACUCCAGACGACGGUGUAUGAUCGAAUGCAAAGAGCUUAAAUGCGGUUGCUCCGACCCCUUGCGGACAUUCCAGCCUUAUGAGACGACCGUGCCACCGCCCUGCCCCAUCAGCAAACUAAACUGUUUGAGAAAUGUUAAAAAUAUCGACGAUAUUUGUCCGUGCCGGGAGUCAUGCAGGCGAAUCCAGGCCAUCACAUCUGUGGAGUCUGCUCCCAUGAACGAGAUGCAGCACACUUUUGAUUCUAUAUAUGCAGGCCUGAACACGAGAGUAACAACGGUCGUCGCCUUUCAUAUGAUGCAUUCCGACUCUAAAACAUUCGAUCUCAUGUACAACGAGACUUGGUGGAGCUUGCUUUCCUCACUGGGCGGCGUGUUCAACAUGUUCCUCGGAGUAGGGCUAUUCAGUGCGUUGGAGCUGCUAUUCUUCUUUAUAAUCAAACUGCCCGCCGCCAUUCGGCAGUCUACUGAAAUAAACCUGCCUACUGCACGGUGAACUGCUCUGUUCAUUGUCGACGAGGGAAGUCUCAUUUGACGCAGUUAUUAUACAACUGACUACAGAGAAACAGUUUCCGUAAAAUACCUAUCUUUUAUCUGCCAUGUAAGAAUUUAAAUGAAUUUAGAUGUUAAAACCAAAAUAGCAAUGGCAAAACAAGCGUUCCAUAACAAGGCGUGCGUGCAUAUUCAAGGCUGAAGCAAUCUGAAAACGAUGCAUCAAAACUUUCGUAUGGAGUAUCUCUAUGGAUGUGAAACGUGGACGCUGACUCAGAAAAACAGAAAGAAACUCGAGGCCUUUGAAAUGUGGUGUUGGAAGAGAAUGGAAAAAUAAGUUGGACUGAAAGAGUUAUUAAUAAAGAAGUGCUAGUAAGAGUAAGGGAAAAGAGGCAAAUAUUGAGAGUUAUUGAGGACAGAAGAGGCAAGAUGAUUGGACACUUAAUAAAACACGACGAAUUUUAAAAACAUCAUAGAAGGGAAGCUACAAGGAAAGAGAGGAAGGGGAAGACCAAAAAGAGCUUACAUAUUAUGGAACAGAUUAAAGAGAAGGCGAACGUCGUGUCUUAUAAGGAGGUGAAGGAAUUGGUCUUUGAUAGACAAAAAUGGAGAAUGCUACACCGACAAGAGCGUGGCUCUUAAAUUAGUGAUGUACGAAUUUAAAUGUG